AUGUCGUCAGCACAGCCGCCAAAAGCAGGCAGUCCGAACGACUUCCUCAAGAGCGUCAUUGGAAAGAGCGUCAACGUCCGCCUCAACUCCGGCAUUGACUACCGUGGAACGCUCUCCUGUCUGGAUGGCUACAUGAACAUCGCACUUGAGCAGACAGUCGAGUACGUCGAUGGUGUCAAGAAGAACUCGUACGGCGACGCUUUCAUUCGCGGUAACAAUGUCAUGUACAUCACUGCGCUAGAAAAGUAG